AUGGAGGAUAAAACUCUGGAAAGAGCGAUGUUGGAGACAAUACUAAAAAAGCCAAAGCGCAGAAAAAUAUAUGAAAAAAGAAAGACCCUCUUAAAGUACUGCUACUCAGUUAAGUUUAUAUGCUUUAAGGCAUUUUUUUGUUCUUUUUUCAUCUGCUUUGUUUUUACAUACUUUUUAGUUCUCCAAAUAAGAGAAUACGCUCUUCCAUACUAAUAGCUGGGUUUUAAAUCUGCCGUACUAUGCAAUGCUGGACAUGCAAAGGCAAGAAAUAUGCGUUGAACCAGCAAAAAACUAUAAUAAAUAUAACCCA